GCACCACCUAGCGCAAGCAUAGUCUGAACUCGGGACCAUGGACUACUGCAUGAACUAUACUCUAAACGUCAUCGCGCAGAUCUAGUCUCAGGGUGCUUUGGGCGCGAACUGCGGGUUCCCCACGCGCAUAGUGUGUUGCACAACUCACUCCGGUUAGGCGGAAGCAACAACAGUUUAUGCUAGGGGCAUCAAGUAGAUCCUUGUUGCUUUAAGGCUUGCUUGCCUUUGUGGCCUGCAUCCCUGGGCAACGAGUGCUCUGAUAUGUUUGAUGUUCCGCGCCGCGAAUAAGAAGAUAAUUUGUCCUUUGUCUUUACUUAGUAACAAUCAGCUUUACGCUCUUGGGAACUAGCCGGACGUCCAGUUGAGUGACGGUUCCAUUCCAAUGCCUGAACCAAAGGAGGAUCCCAUGGAUGAUGUGCCGGCGCUGGUUGACGGCGAUUCGGAUAGCGAUGACAGCUUAACGGCAGGGCCCAUCAACGUUGAUAUGCACCCUGGGCGCAACCCAGCGGCACCCGCUGCUGCCGCAGCAGCUGACGACGAUGUGCCUUCCCUCCCCAGCAUCUCCGCCGGCGAGGGGAGUGUCGACGAGGAGGACGACGGCGAGGUGUCUGGCGGCAACUAUCCACACGAUGGCGAUGAAAUCUACUACAAGGACGGCUCUAAGCGGGUGAAACACGAUAGCCAUGCCAACAAGCCGGAAAUAGACGAGGUCACAGAUGAUGAUGACAACGACGAAGAUAGCUAUGAUGGUGAUGACGAUGAUGAUGGGGAGGAUGAGGAUGAGGAGAGCCUCGGGUCCAAUGGAAGAGUAUGGGUCGAAUAUGGGUCGGAGGGGGCUUCUGAAGGCGGCAGUAAUGACGGGGACAUGCCUUACCUCACGGAUGAUGAUGACGACGGGGAUGAAGAUGAGCUUGCAGGGCCGCAUCAGCAUCAUCGUCAGCAGCAGGAGUCCAAGGCGGCGAAGGCGAAGGCGGGAGUGGGAGCGGUGCCCUCCCUGCAACGGGGCUUCCUGAACAAGCAGGCCACCAAGGCAGCCCCCGCAGCUGGUUCAGGCGGCAGCGGCGCUCCCGCUCAGCAGCAGCCGCACCCGCAACGCGCCCAGCGGCCCAGCACGGCCUACAGUAACGCGGGUGUUGGGCAGCGGGAGGCGGUGCGGCCCGCCAGCACGCCGGCCGCUGCUGCUGCUGCCGCCGCCUCCGACGCAACAGCAGCAGCAGCCGACAGGGAGCCGCAGCCCUACUCGGGAGGUCAAGGUCAACGAGAGGAGGGACCCGACGUGUUGCGCCGCAAGCAGCAGCAGCAGCCCCAGCAGCAGCCGCCCUCGUCCCCCGCCCCCUCCUCCGCCGCGUUUCGCCCCAUGCACAGCCCCCAGCUGGAUGACACCGCGGAGGAGGGCGACAUGCCGGAGCUGCUGGCGCCCUCCGAGACCGAGGACGAGGAGGGCGGCGAGGUGGCGGUCAGGCCACCCAAGGAGAGGCCGGCUGCCCCCCUGCCCGCACCCCUGCCCUCGCCCAGGGCAGCUGGGGAGGCGCACCAGGAGCAGGAGCGCACCAAGCGCAGCAAGCCCGCCGCCAGGCCGCGGGGGGCGGCUGAGGCGGCGAUGACGCGGCAGGACUUCGCCAACGACGAGGCGUGGCAGCAGCACCUGGCAAGGGAGCGCGAGGAGCGGGAGCGGCUGCGUCGUGAGCGCGGGCUGGUGGAGAGCGAGGGCCCGGCGGGGGGCGCCGACCAACCGCUGGGCUGCUGCUGCCUGCGGCCGGGCAACGACACGGACCAUGUGUGCGAUGAGCCGCGCUUCCGAGUCAGGGAGAGCCAGAAGCGCUACCAGCUGCACUGCACCCGCGGCUGCGUGAUGCUGUUCCACGACAAGUGCUGGCGCCCCUUCGCGGACGGCAUUGCGGCGCUGCGGGGGGACGAGUUCGACCGCACCUUCAAGGCCAACACCAAGGAGGGCAAGCCCAAGCUGCACCGCUGCCUGACGGACAGCUGCGAGGGGCACAUCUGCCGCGUGUACAUCCACCAGGGGCAGGAGGGGCCGGGCGCCAAGGUGCUCUACCACUACGAGCUGUACAACAUGGAGCCGGGGGUACGGCAGCUGGCGGCGGCGGCGGAGGCGGCAAGGAGGAGGAAGCGGCCGCAGCAGGAGGCGGGCGGGACGCAGUCCGCCACCGACAGCGCCGGCGGCAAGGCCCAGCAGCCCUCCAAGAAGAGCCGCAAGGGCGCCGCAGCGGCCAAGACAGCCACCGCAGCAGCAGCAGCAGCCACCAAUGCCGCAGCCGCAGCAGCAGCCGCGGGCGCCAAGCCGGGUGCAGCGGGCGGCCGCGGGAAGGGGGGCGGUGCAGAGGAGCGGCGGCGGGGAGAGGAGGGCGCGGGGCCCGAGGGCGAGGGCAAGAAGGCGGAGUCGAGUGCGAGUGCGGCAGGCGAGGAGGCGUCCAAGCCUGCGGCGCCUCGUGGCAUCAGCAUUGUCAACCGUGCGAAGUUUAUGCCGCGAGAGGAGGCCCAGCCGGCUGCCCGCUCCGCCUCGCCCCCCCGCCUGCCGCCUGACGACUCCCUGCUGCGGCCGCUGCGGCGGGGCGGCGAGGACAACACCGGCGCUGCCUCCCCCGCACCUGCUGCUGCUGCUGCCUCCACUGCCCCUCCCGAGCGCGACUCCGCAGCACCCAACAGCACCACCGCUGUUUCCGCCGCCGCCGCUGCGGCCGCUGAAGGAGCCGAUUCCGGGCCCGCCGCCUCCACCACCAGCACCACCACCACCACUGCUGCUUCCCCGGCCCCGGCCGCCAAGAGGAAGAAGAAGGGCAUCACGGUACACCUGGACACCUUCCAACUCAUUGGACCAGGCGCCUCCGCCGCCAGCAGCGCCGCCGUCGCCGCCGCCACCGCAGCCAUGACGGGCGGAGACGAGGACGACGAGGGCUUCUACGACGCAGCGGACGAGCGACACGGGGCGCAGGCGGGGGCUGGUACGGCGGCGGCGCUGGCUGCUGCACCUCCGCCCCGCAUGUACGACUUCCCCUCGCUUGAGACCGCUGUGGAGCUGAGCAGGCGGGGCGACGCGGCGGGGCUGUCGGUGCGGGACUAUGUGCUGGAGGCGCUUUACCAGCUCAAGCAAUCGGUCAAUGUGGGCGGCGGCACUCGCUUCCUGCUGCUGGAGUGUGUGGACGUGCGCCGCCUGGAGGAGCGCAUCCGCCACGGCGAGGAGAAGGCGCGCGACGUGGCCUCGUUCUUCCGCCAGGAGCUGUCGAAGCACGGCACCGUGCUGCGGCUGCACGUGUUCCCGGACCAGCAGGCGGUGGCGGUGGAGAUGGAGACGAGGGACGCCGCGGUGCACGUGUUCAUCUCGCAGCACAACCGCGCGUUGCUGAGCAGGCGGCUGGUGCUGUCGUACCUGCAGGAGUUCCCCACAGAGGAGGUGCUGGCCAGGAACCUGGCGCCAGACGUCGCGGAGCCGAUGGGGGAGUCAGCAGCCGCCGCCGCCGCCGCAGCUGCAGCUGCCAGCUCAGUACUGUCCCUGCCGCCGCCGCCACCUCCGCUGCCGGGCCGCCUGCUGGCUGCGAUGCAGCCCCCGCCACCACCGCCCCCUCCGCCGCCCCCCGUGGUUUCUUCCUCGUUGGCCUCCCUCAACCCUGCUGUAGUACGGGAGUUCAAGCCCAUGGGCGGAGGCGCCGGUCUGCUGACCCCGCAUGGUGUGCCGCCGUUGCCGCCGCAGCGGAAGCGGGUGCUGGAGAUCCGCGACCCCGUGACGAAGCAGCAGCUCAUUCCUGCAGCCCCCGCGGCGCCGCGUGCGUCGGGAGAGGCGUCGGAUGGGGAGGCGGGUGCUGCUGGCAAGGCCGCCAGCCGCUCCUCCUCGCCCUUCCUUAACAUCCAGGCGCCAGAGUUCCUGCCACCGCCGCAAAGCGCAGCGGGCAGCGCGGCCAGCUCCGUCGCUGCAGACUCCCGCAGCACCAGCCCCAUGCUGCCGGCGUCGGAGGCUGCGGCGGAGGCGACGGCUGCUGCUGCCGGCGGCAGAAGCCCUGCCGACGGACCUGCCGACGCCUCUGCGGCACCGGGCACCCAGCCUCAGACCGAGGAGGGCGCUGCGGCCGCCACCAGCGCUGCCGGAGCCGAGGCCGCUGAGGCUGCCGCGGGUGUGGCGCCGGAACCCUCGACGACGCCAGCCGCUGCUGAGGCUUCUUCUUCGCCGGAAGCGGCGGCCGGUGGUCCGCAGGAGGAGGCGGCUGCCGGGGCCGCUGGCGUUGCUCAACCCGGUGAGGCCGCUGCGGCUGCGGAGGCAGCGCCGUCUGAAGCCGCAGCUGCUCCUCAGGAGGCGGAGGCGGCAGCAGUCCGCGAUAGCUCGGGGCCGCCGCCGGCAUCAUCGGAGCCCGCGGGAACGGCGGCGCAGGCGACCAAGGAGCAGCCGCCGGCGGAGGGGCAGGGCGAGGGCAGCACAGGGGCGGAGCCAGGACCAACCAACGUCGUGGGAGCUGCGGAGGAGGGCGCAGCUGCAGCGGCGGUGUCGACUUCUGCUCCCGCUGCGGCCGAGGGCGAGCCUAGCGCUCCAGCUGUUGACACCGCUGGGGCCGCUGCUGAGAGCGCAGCUGCCCCGGGCGACGCGAAGCAUGAGGACGUAGCUACGGCGGCAGAACCCGCAUCGACAGCCGCCCCAGCCCCCGACCCAACGGCCGCUGAAAGCGCGGCUGUGGCUCAAGAGCAGGCCGCUGCAGAAGCGAACCCCGCUCCGGAGGUAGUGGCGGCAGCGGCGGCGGUGGAGGACGCCACGAAGGCAGCACCCGCGCAAGCACCGCCCGCCACCUCUGCACAGGAAACACCUGCAGCAUCCGCGACGGAGUCUACGGCCUCGGCGCCGGCAGGGACAGCGGUUGCGACGGUUGCUGCACAGGAACCUCCGAGUGGCGGGAGCGGCAGCAGUGGCGGCGCAGUGCAGCGCCCGGCCUCAAGCGCCUCCAUUGAGCCAGCAGGCAGCAUCGGGCCGGCAGCGUUCAUGCGCAGGAUUGGUAGCAGCGGCAGUGUGGCCGCCGCCGUGUCUGCGGCCGGCGGCGGUGGCGGCAGCGCUGCCACCGCCGGCAGUGCCGGUGCUACCGGCGGCGCGCCUGCCGCUCCCGCCACCACGUUUACCCCUGUCGGCGCGGCGAGUCUGAAGCAGCUGAUCGCCGCCGGGGCUCUGGGAGCUCAGCGGCUGGCUGCGGCGGCAGGCCGCGGCGGCAGCGCUCCCUCGCUGGUGCUCGGAGCGGGCGGGGCGCCGGCUGGGCCCACCUCGGGGGCUGCGGGGGCCGCCCCGCCGUACGGCGCCUCCGCCUCCGCCUCCGAGGUCUGGAUGGCGUUCGACACGGUCCGCCUGACGAUUUGCAGCAACGACACGCUGCCCACCUACCUCAACAACCCCUCUUUCAAGCUGAGCUGCGAGUACUUCCCGCAAGCCGACAAGGUGGCUCGCUCCGAGCGCACCGCGCUGCUGCUCUUCAACGUAGACCGCGACGAAGUGAUGGGGUUCUGGAGCGCCACGGCCAAUGACGGCUCGUACUUCACCUGGCAGAUCGUCAUGCGCGUACCGCCCAUGUCCAAGGCGGCCUUCCAAGCGUCGCCCGCCGGCUCCGUGUUCCCGCAGCUGCCGCCGCCUGAUGUGUCUACCAUGGCCACAGGGGAGGAUGCUCGCACGGUGCUUCGCACGCUGGUGGAGCAUGCGGCGGCUAGCAUGGCUGUGCUGGCGGCUGGGGCGCGGACUGUAGCGAGUGGCGGCUCGGUUGCGAUUGCGCCGGCAGCGACGCCAGCGGCAGCAGCACCGGGAGCGGCGGCAGUAGCGCCUGCUGGGACAGCAGCUGCGACGCCUGCAGUAGUGACGGGGCCCGUUGCACCGCUGACUUCACUGCCCCCGGGAGUAACACCCCUAAACCGAAUCCUAGCCAACGUGCCUGUGGUGGAGGGCUCGGUGCCCGCCUCGGCCAUCAUGCGGCCCUCAGCAGCGCCGACUCCCCUCAUGCGUGUCGUACCUCCCCACCUGCGCAGCGCAUCGCCCCUGCUGGCGGCCGCACCCGUGGUCACGGGUGCACCUCCGGGGGCGGCCGCUGCCGCUCCUGUUGUUAACGCUGCCCCUGCUGCUAGCGCUCCAGCUGCAGCCGCCAGCGCCCCCCCAGGUGUCAGCACCCCGGUGGUGAGUGCCGCCCCCGCUGCCAGCGCAGGGACGGCUGCUGCCCCGGUGGUCAGCGCUGCCCCGGCAACCCCCGCCGCGGCGGCCGCCGUUGCUGGGAGCACCGCCCCAGCUCCCCAAUCCUACCUGCCACCCUUCCUCUUCCUGCAACAACAGCGCCGCGCAGCAGCGGCGGGACCCGUCCCGCCGGCCGCGCCCAACGUGCAGGUGGUCCAGGCGGCUCCAGUCGUGCAGGCAGCCCCUGCGGUGGUGCAGGCAGCCCCCAUUGUUCCAACCCAACCGGCAGUCCAGGCCGCCACCGUUGUCCAGGCGGCGCCAGUAGUCCGUGCGGGUAGUGUCGCUCCAGCAGGGCCGCCUGCAGGCCCCGCCCCGGUGCAGCUGGCGGUGCAGCCCGCUGCGCAGCUGCGGGCGGCCCCGCCGACGGCAGCAACAGCAGCGGCAGCAGCGCCCCCCGGGAGUGCGGCUGCGGUGGUUGCCUCCGCGGCCCCCGCCCCGGCCUCAGCCGCUGGCGCCGUCCCGGCGCCCCUGCGGCCGCCUGUCAUGGGAGCGGUGCGCCCCUUCAUGCCGCCCGCUGCCGG